AUGCAGGUUUGCAGCCAGCCCCAAAGUGGGUGUGUCGAGCCGACCGCUAUAAAUACGGCGCCUCCCAGUGCUCACCACCCGGCGUCGCCAGGAGGAGCGCGCGGGCACCGGGUGCCGCUGACCGAGGCGUGCAAGGACUCCAGAAUUGGAGGCACGAUGAAGACUCUGCUGCUGUUUGUGGGGCUACUGCUGACCUGGGAGAGUGGGCAGGUCCUGGGGGACCAGACGGUCUCGGACAAUGAGCUCCAGGAAAUGUCCGAUCAGGGAAGUAAGUACGUCAAUAAGGAAAUUCAAAAUGCUGUCAACGGGGUGAAAGAGAUAAAGACUCUCAUAGAAAAAACAAACGAAGAGCGCAAGACACUGCUCAGCAACCUAGAGGAAGCCAAGAAGAAGAAAGAGGAUGCCCUAAAUGAGACCAGGGAAUCUGAGACAAAGCUGAAGGAGUUCCCAGGAGUGUGCAAUGAGACCAUGAUGGCCCUCUGGGAAGAGUGUAAGCCCUGCCUGAAACAGACCUGCAUGAAGUUCUACGCACGCGUCUGCAGAAGUGGCUCGGGCCUGGUUGGCCGCCAGCUCGAGGAGUUCCUGAACCAGAGCUCACCCUUCUACUUCUGGAUAAACGGCGACCGCAUCGACUCCCUGCUGGAGAACGACCGGCAGCAGACACACAUGAUGGAUGUCAUGCAGGACCGCUUCAGCCGCGCAUCCAGCAUCAUGGACGAGCUCUUCCAGGACAGGUUCUUCGCCCGGGAGCCCCAGGACUCCUACCACUUCCUGCCCUUCAGCCUGCCCCACCGGAGGCCUCACUUCUUCUUUCCCAAGUCCCGCAUCGUCCGCAGCUUGAUGCCCUUUUCUCCGUAUGAGCCCCUGAACUUCCACGCCAUGUUCCAGCCCUUCCUUGAGAUGAUACACGAGGCUCAGCAGGCCAUGGAUAUCCACUUCCACAGCCCGGCCUUCCAGCACCCACCCACGGAAUUCAUACGAGAAGGCGAUGACGACCGGGCUGUGUGCCGGGAGAUCCGCCACAACUCCACAGGCUGCCUGCGGAUGAAGGACCAGUGUGACAAGUGCCGGGAGAUCUUGUCUGUGGACUGUUCGGCCAACAACCCCUCCCAGGCUCAGCUGCGGCGGGAGCUCAACGACUCCCUCCAGGUCGCUGAGAGGUUGACCAGGAAAUACAACGAGCUGCUGCAGUCCUACCAGUGGAAGAUGCUCAACACCUCCUCCUUGCUGGAGCAGCUGAACGAGCAGUUUAACUGGGUGUCCCGGCUGGCAAACCUCACGCAAGGCGAAGACCAGUACUAUCUGCGGGUCACCACGGUGGCUUCCCACACUUCUGACUCAGAUGUUCCUUCCGGUGUCACUGAGGUGGUCGUGAAGCUCUUUGACUCUGAUCCCAUCACUGUGACGGUCCCUGUAGAGGUCUCCAGGAAGAACCCUAAAUUUAUGGAGACUGUGGCGGAGAAAGCGCUGCAGGAAUACCGCAAAAAGCAAAGGGAGGAGUGAGAUGUGAAUGUUGCUUUUGGACCUACGGGGGCAUCUGAGUCCAGCUCCCCCGAGAUGAGCUGCAGCCCCCCAGAGAGAACUCUGCAUGUCACCAAGUGACCAGGCCCCAGCCUCCAGGCCCCCAACUUCGCCCAGCCACUCCCCGCUCUGGAUCCUGCACUCUAACACUCGAAUCUGCUGCUCAUGGGAAGAACAGAACUGCUCCUGCAUGCAACUAAUUCAAUAAAACUGUCUUGUGAGCUGA